GAAAGCCCGGGGAGAGACACGAGGGGUACAAAGGCUCAAUGUCAUGGUUUGCUUUUAGUACACAAAAAAGGUUUGGGUGGGAAGGGAAACCACAUUAUUGCAGUAGAAGAAGACAACUAGAAAACUGAAACUUCUACUUUCUCUUUGGCUCUGGACUCACAAAUUUGCUCCAUCACAUUCCCAAUCCCGCCAUUGAUUUUCGGGAAUGGACUUAUUGGGCGGCGGAAGCCAUGGCGGCCUCUGGGGCUGGAACUUCCUGCUUCCCGAUCCUAAAACUUCUCGAAACAAGAGGAGAAGAUUUGAACCCAAAUCAUCUAAUUCCUUGGAGGCAACUCCUGGAUCUGGUUUCCGUUUCCCCCUUAAGCAGUCCUUGAUUGCCGGCUGUCUCUCUCUCUCGGGCGACACUAUUGCACAGUUUAUAGGCCGGUGGCGUAAAGGAAUCGCUCUCAAUUCCACUUCUCUCUCUAAUUCUGCCUCUCUCAGUAGGGAUGGUUUUUCAAACAUAUUUUCGGAACAUGAUUGGAUUCGCGCUUUGCGAAUGCUUUCUUAUGGGUUUCUGUUGUAUGGUCCGGGAUCCUUUGCAUGGUACAACUAUCUUGAUCAUGCUUUGCCCAAGAGAUCGGUGGAGAAUCUUAUGCUGAAGGUUCUCCUAAAUCAAGUUGUUCUUGGUCCAUGCGUUAUUGCUGUUGUAUUUGCAUGGAACAAUAUAUGGCUUGGAAAAAUCUCCCAGCUUCCUGACAAGUAUCGGAAAGAUGCUCUUCCUACACUAUUAUAUGGGUUUAGGUUCUGGAUUCCUGUCRGCAUAUUGAACUUUUGGGCUGUGCCUCUCCAAGCUCGGGUGCCUUUUAUGUCUGUGGCCUCUAUAUUUUGGAACUUCUAUUUGUCUUCAACCAUGAGUAAGUGAUUCAAUCUGGAAUCAUUCUUGAAAUCCAGAUGCGAGAUCGCAGUUUGAGGUUUUAUUAUAAGACUCAAUUCGUAGCUGGGUUGAUGGUGCUUCGACUAAACAUAAUUUUGUUUUCUAAGUGAAAGUUUAGUUGCUUUAGCUGAAGAGCAUUGCCACCCCCAACACACAAACACACACACAUUGUAGCCAUGUGGGGUGAUAACAAAAUUUUGCACCCAAAGUUGGGCAAAUAUUAAUACCUUCGAACAGCUUGAAGAAUUUAAAUGAUUGUUUUUGGUGUCUUUGAUGUUCAUUUUUAA